GAGGAUUUAUAGAGAGCUCUUUGAACAUCAUCUUUAUCUUCUCUGCAACUUUAACUUCAUGGCGGCACUAGAUUUGGGUUCCUCGUCCUCCUCUGCUGCCUCCACAAGUACUGGAUCUUCAAGUUACGAUGUCUUUCUCAACUUUAGGGGCGAAGAUACUCGCAAAAACUUCACCGGCUUCCUUUACAAAACUCUGAAAGAUAGAGGAAUCAAUGUUUUUCUUGAUAGUGAAAAAUUGUGGACUGGAGAAGCAAUUGGCCCAGCCCUCCAUAAAGCGAUUGAAGGCUCCAAAAUCUCGAUCCCUGUCUUCUCUAAAGGUUAUGCGGAUAGCAAAUGGUGCUUGCAGGAACUUGCUCACAUAGUUCAAUGCCAAACAUCCAACAAUCAAAUUGUCAUCCCCAUAUUCUUCCACGUUGACCCAUCGGAUGUUCGGAAUCAGACCGGAACUUUUGAAGAAGCAUUUCGAAAGCAUGAGAAGAAUUUCGAAUCCUCUACUAUAGAGAGUUGGAGGAAAGCUUUGAGAGUGGUAGGGAAUUUGAACGGAGAAGUUCUCGACGAAACUAAGGAUCAAGCAAAGAUAGUUGAAUUAGUUGUCAAAAGAGCUCUGGGUGAAUUAGUCAGUAGCACACACUUGGCUGAAUGUAAAUACCGUAUUGAUAUGGAUUCCAAAGAAAAGGAUCUAUUGUCGUUAUUAAAUAUUGGCUCCAAUGAUGUUCAAUUCGUGGGAAUCUGUGGUUUUGGUGGCAUCGGGAAGACAACAAUUGCCAAGGCUGUGUAUAAUCGCACCCUUUCAACCUUCAAUAAGCAUAGUUUUCUUUCAGACGUUAGAGAACAUGCGACGCAAUGCAUGGGUCUACUGUCUUUGCAGAAGCGAUUUCUUCACGAUAUCAUCAAUACAGACAUUGACAUAAGUGAUCUUCAUAGGGGGAAAAAACUGAUAGAAGAAAGAGUCUGUAAAAAGAAGGUUCUGCUUGUUCUUGAUGAUGUGGAUAGUAAAGAACAAAUAGAUGCUUUGGCUGGUGAGCUCAACUGGUUUGGUCAAGGAAGUAGGAUAAUAAUUACAACCAGAGACGAACAUAUUUUGAACUUGGCUAAAGUUAAUAGAGAUAAAAUAUACAGGCCUCAAUUGCUAGAUCUUGACCAUUCCCUUCAACUAUUUAGUUGGCAUGCGUUUCAAAACAACCAACCUCCUGAAGAUUAUAUGGAACUCUCACGUGAUGUGGCAGUCCAUUCUAGAGGGUUGCCUUUAACUCUAGAGGUGUUUGGGUCUUACUUAUCAGACCUAAGUGACAGAGAAGAGUGGGAGAGUACAUUACAAAGUUUGAAAGAAAUUCCUCCUAAUGAAGUUCAGAGAAGGUUGAAGAUAAGCUAUGACAAUUUAGAAAACCAUUAUCAAAAAGCCAUAUUUCUUGAUGCUGCUUGCUUUUUCAUUGAAUGGAAGAAAGCAAUUAUAAUUUCCAUAUGGGAAGCUCUUGGUUAUAAUCCUAAGGCAGCAAUAAACAGACUAAUUAAAAGAUCUCUUCUACAUUUUGAAUAUCGUUGGGAUGGUGAAUACCUGAUGAUGCAUGAUCACAUUCGAGACAUGGGAAGAGAAAUCGUCUUAGAAGAAAGCCGUAUGGAUCCGGGUAAGCGUAGCAGGUUAUGGUCUCAUGGAGAAAUCUUAGAAGUAUUAGAAGGACAGAUGGGAACUGAUAUGAUAAAAAGCAUGAGUCUCCCCCGUUUCUCUGGGCCGCCUAUUAAUUUAACUAGUGAAUCUUUUGAGAUGAUGCCCAAUCUAAGAUUUCUUAACAUUAGUUCAGCAGAGUUUAUGGGAGACUUUUCACGCUUUCCUUCUGCAUUAAGAUGGCUUGCGACAAGCUGCUCUCAAAUUUUUUCACCUACCAAUUUUUAUCAUAAGAGAUUAGUUUAUCUCAACUUAUCAUGGAACAAAUUCAAACAAGUUUGGAAUAUCAGGCCUCAAGAUGAGAAUAAGCGGUUCCAAAAUUUGAAAGUUCUCAAUCUUAGUUGGUGUGAAAAUUUAUCCAAGUCCCCAGACUUUUCGUGGUUUCCUUACUUGGAGCAAUUAAAUCUUACAGGCUGUGAUUCCUUGGAUGAGUUAGAUGAGUCCAUCGGGAAGUUGAGUCAGCUCAAAAGUCUCAUUCUCAAUUCAUGCUACUCACUCAAGAAGUUGCCCGAUGGUGUUGGACUAUUACAGAAACUUAAGGUAUUAAAUUUUGGAUAUUGCAGUAAACUAGUGAAGCUACCGAGAUCAAUGGGGGGAAUGAGAUGUUUGGAUAGCAUUAACCUAUAUAGAAUCAAUAUUACUAAAUUUCCUGAUGUUUUUUUAAUGCCCCCGAAUCUCCCCGAAUCUAGUGAAGCUGGAAAUAUAUUAUCAAAGUCUGCUUCAAUCCCUCCCAAUUUGUCAAAGCUGAAAUUUUUGAAAACAUUAAAGCUCUGGUAUUGCAAAAAGCUGGAGGAGAUUCCAGGCCUUGAGGGAACAGAAUCGUUGGAAGAAUUGGAUGCGAGAGGAUGCUAUAACUUGACAAAUAAUACUCCGAGGAUGAAGGUCCAGAUAGCCAAAGUGAAAUUCUGUGAGAUCUUGUUCAAGAACAGGGAACCUGACCAACAACAAAAGCCUAAUCAACAUUCGAGUGCCUUCAAUUAUGUAGAUGAGGAUGGUGGAGUAGUAACAUUAAAUUAUUGGCCCGCCGCUGCUGCUGCUGCUGUUGAUGAUGAUGAUGAUGAUUAUGAUUAUGAGGCAUCAGGUCCUUCUUUUAGUCUGAGCUUAACAUGCUGGCCACCAGCAGCAGAAGUUGAAGGAUCAAAUUCUUUUCCUUUUAAAGAAAAAGCAGAGGAAGAGGGAAUGUUGUUGAUGAGGGCUAGAUGUGACUACAAUGGAGCUUCUCUAGAUAAUAAUGAGGACGAGGAGGAGGAGGUAUCAUUUCCAUCCCUUAGCCUGGCUUUAACAUCACCAUGUGUAGUACUGGAAUUAAAUGAUGGGUUCAAUCAGCAGAUGCUACAACAUCCAUCAUUUGUGCAGGAAAAUACAGAAGAAGAGGAUAGGAAUAACACAGCAGUUGAUUUCUUGAGUUGUUUAGGAUUGGACUCUGUUUCUGAUGCAAUGGAGGAAGAGGGAGAGAUGAUGGUGAGGCCAAGCAAGAGAGCUCGUCUUCUUCUUAACAAUGAUGAUGAUGAGGCACUGGAUGGUCCUUCUCUUAGCCUCUGA